AUGAGUGGAUCAAGAUGCAAAUAGUUUUACAGCGGAUUUUGAUUGGCAUUUACUUUGACCUCCUUCAGUGAUGAAACAGCCUAAGUGAUAAAUGAAUCAUUACUUUUGCCAAUUCCCCUAAAUUGGUAAUCUCAUUAGAAUACAAAUCCAAUCUUAAUUCUUCCAACUGUCUCUGCUUGCUUAACAAUUUAAUAAUUCCGAACUCAAGACCGACAUCAUUGAUACUGCAUCUCCCACAACCCAAAUGCAAGAUUUUCAACUAUUAAGAGAAGAGAUUUCUGCACAAUUGAAUCAAUCCUAUAAAAUACCCUUAAAUACAUAAAGUACCUGUACUCCAAAUGCUAUUUCGAUACUAACUAAAACCAUUAAAGUUCAGGCACAAGCGUUGC